AUCUUCAAAUUGACAUUUUCCAAAAUACUGAAUAUUUUAGUGAGAUUCUCCAAGUGUUCUUGCAAAAUGUUGAAUAGACAAUUAUAUCGUCCAUAUACACCAAGCAACACUUUCCAAUUAAAUUGCGAAGAAUGUUAUUCAUUACGCGUUGUAGAGUAGCCGGAGCAUUUUUCAACCCAUAUGGCAUUCUAACAUAUUCAUAAAGUCCAUACUCAACAGAAAAAGCCGUUUUUUGCACAUCAUCUGGGUGGACCUCAAUUUGGUGAAACCCAGAUGCCAAGUCUAAAGUGGUAAAGUAUUGACAUUUGCCCAGCUUGUCCAAAAUUUCAUUUAUAUUUGGCAUCGGAUAUUUGUCAUCUAUAGUCUUUUCAUUCAACUUUCUAUAAUCGACUACUAAGCGCCAUUUCUGUUUGCCUUCGGAGUAAAUUUUCUUGGGAACAAUCCAAAUCGGAGAGCACCAAGGUGAAGAGCUGGGUCGAAUAAUGCCCUGUUUAAGCAUUUCCCUGGCCGAAAUAAUUAGACCCGUAUUUUUUUGUUUGGCCAUUAGGGUGACCUACGCCGUGUUAGGGUGGUCUGAAAAAUUGCCAUUUUCGUCGAUUUUCGCAAAAACCACUGAUCGCGCGAGAGAUCAAUUUACAAUUUUACCAGCCUAAAUGUGAUCCACAAAUAAAUGUAAUUUUGUCCCUGUCUGUCCCUGGCCCAUCUCUGACGAGAGCCAGUGGUGAUUCUCGCUCUUUUUGAUCUCUCCCCGGUUCGCAUCCCAUGUACUGUUCCCUUUAGAGUAUAGUCUUAAAUAAACCGUUGACUACGCCAGACAGCUACGCGUUUAAGAAUAAAUUGUGUAGUUUCUGUUCGCGCAAUAAAAGUGUUUUAAUCAGUGCUAAACGGUUUAUAAUUAGUGUCCGAAUUCCCCGAACCGACCACACGCGCGAACAUUUGGUCCUUCGAACCGGAUCCGAAGGAUCCGGUCUGGCCAGGUUCGGGACACUUCGCGAAUCGGACAAUUCAGUGCGCGAAGUGUUGGCCUGCUCGCGAAGAGCAGCGCAAAGUGUACGGUGCAGAAGCGCGCCUGGACAGUUUGGUGCGCGUGAAAACGGACAAAAAGUGCACGGAAAAUCCGUGAAAAAGUGCGAAAAAAUCGCCAAAAAGUCGCGGAAAAUUGGAGCUGAACAGUGGCACAAUUGUGCAUAGAAAAGUGAAUUGUUCGUGUUGAACAAAGGCGGCGGCGACUAGUGCAUUGCGGUGAAGAAGAUUUCGCCAUCGCGGAACUCACGGCGACUCACGGUGUGCGCGCGCUUUGGCAAGCGUCGCGACGUCACCAUCUCAACCGGUUGGCUGACGUCAUCGUUGGAGUCGGUGAUUGAUUGGCGGUUGGAGCAUUCGGGACGGAUUUGGCGGAUCAAGACGGAGAUACAGGAGAGUAUUUUGCACGUAAACGGUGGCUCGGCUAGUUUGGCUCUUUGCGGAGAAAUAAAGUUGGCUUUUGAAAAUAAAAUUGCACGAGAGUUUUUAUUAGUCUGGUCAGGUUGCAUGAGUGUUGUGUUGUUCUGUCUGGUCCUCUGGAAUUCCCUGGUCGAUUCCCCUGUCGCUGCUGUCAAUACUGGGUCGUACAGUUCGCAAUCUGUCUUGCGCGGUCGCGUCGUGGAACGUCGAGUCGAUCCGUCUGUCUCUGGUGAAUCUGAAAGUGAAGUGAAUGUUAUUCAGUUGGCGAUCAGUGGUCACGAUGGGCGAUCUGCAGACUUUGCGGAAGAAGCAGGAGAUCCUGCUGAAUAAACUGGAGGUGCUGAAUCAGUUCGUCGAGCACUACAAGGCGGAAGAACACGAGUGCCAGCUGGAAGUUCGACUCGGAAUGCUGAACGACGUGUACCUGGAGUUCACGAACCUACGGACAAAGCUGGAGUUGCUGCUGGAAGAAAAGGAUGCGGCCAAGUACGCAGAUGCGGAGCCGAAGGUCAAGCAGGAGGUCGUGUCACAUCGUGAAGAGGCCAAUCUACAGGUGGUGCAGGAGUUCGACAACAAAUUCUGCAAGGUCAAGGCGAUGCUGAUUGCGAAGCGGCCGGUCAAGGACGUCGCGCAGACAGCUCCAAGUGUUGGUGAUGCGGAUACCUCGUUUCCGUUGCGCGUCAAGCUGCCUGACAUUCAUCUGCCGAACUUCAGCGGAAAUCUGCGCGAGUGGGUGACCUUCCGUGACACCUUCAAGAGUCUCAUCCACCGGAACUCGAAGCUGACAUCGAUGGACAAGUUCACCUAUCUCCAAUCGUCUCUUUCUGGUCCUGCGUUGCUGGAGAUCAGUGGCAUCGACCUGUCGGAAGAAAACUACUCCGUCGCGUGGAACGCGCUGGAGGAGGAGUACGGAAACAAGAAGCUGAUCGUGAAAGCCCACCUCGAUGUCAUUCUGGAUCUGGAACCGCUGACCAAGGAGUCGUACGACGGUCUCAGCCACCUGCUCGGUGAGUUUGAGAAAAAUCUGCAGAUGCUGGACAAGAUGGGCGAAAAUACUGCCAACUGGAGUACGGUUAUGGCGCACGUCCUGUGCUCAAAGCUGGACUCGGCCACGCUUAGGAAUUGGGAGACCCACCACAAUAGCAAGGAUGUCCCAACCUACAAAGCUCUACUGGAGUACUUGCGCGCCCACUGUUCGGUUCUUCAGUCGAUCAAACGAGCGAAAGCGAAAUCGUCGGAACAGCGUCCUCCGAAGACAGCGGUCUGUCACACUGCUGUGCGGAGCAGCAACCAGUGUCACUUUUGCAGCGGCCCGUGGCACACCCCGUUCCGGUGCUUCAAGUUCCAGAAGAUGACGAUCUCGGAGCGCAACGACGCUGUUUCGAGAAACAAGCUGUGCAGAAACUGCCUGAAGCCUGGACAUAACCCGCGGAUGUGCGAAGGAGGAACUUGCCACCACUGUCACCAGAAACAUCACUCAAUGCUGCACAACGAUCAGAUGAGAUCCUCCGUUCCACAACAGCAGUCGAGACCAACCGCAACGACCUCAGUACAGCGACAACAACCCAGACCACAGAACACGAAUCAGACAACACACACUCCAGCCAACAAUGCACCUGCUAAUCCGACUAACCUACAGACUACAGACUCUCAAGCCACACAGCCACAAACCACUAGCCAAAACUACGUUGCACUACCCGUCACGCCCACACACAACAUCAUCCUGUCAACCGCGCUCAUCCGUAUCAAAGACCGCUUCGGAAACACGCUGCUAGCGCGUGCGCUUCUUGACUCGUGCUCACAGCACUGUCUGAUGACCAGAGAGUUCUCGCGACGACUCAAAUUCAUGCGACAAUCGUCGUACUUGCCGAUCCAAGGGAUCGGAACGUCGCGUUGCGUGUCGACGCAGCUCGUGCGUGCAGAUGUCGGUCCGCGUUCCGGUCAGAUUUCAGCGUACGAGUCGGAGAUGCAGUUCCACGUCCUGCCCAAGCUCAACAUCUCGCUGCCGACAUCGUACAUCGAUCCGUCUACAAUUCAGCUGCCCGACUGGAUGUUCCUGGCUGAUCCGGAGUUCCACAAAACCGGUCCAGUGGACGUCAUUAUCGGUGCCGAGUUUUACAUGGACUUGCUGACGGACGAACGGGUAAAACCAGCUGCAGACGGUCCCACGCUGCACAACACGGUGUUCGGUUGGAUCAUUUCCGGCCGGCUUCCCGGCAGCGUUCCAGAAUCGACGUCUCUCGUAUCCGUCGCGGCAAUCGACGAGCUGCUGACCAGAUUUUGGGAACUGGAAACGUGCCGCACCAAGAGCACGCACUCGAUCGAAGAAUCCACGUGCGAGCAGCUGUUCGAGGAGACGGCGGUUCGUGACGAAACUGGCAGAUUUGUUGUGACGCUGCCCAAGAAGAAGUACGCUGUCCAGCGUCUCGGUGAGUCCAGAUCAACAGCCAUUAAACGCUUCUUGGGACUGGAGAAGCGGCUGUCAGCGAAUCCAGACCUGAAACAACAGUACAGUGAUUUUAUUCACGAGUACGAAGCCAUGGGACACAUGAAACGGGUUGCCGGCGACACGGCCGGGGGAGAGUUAGCGUAUUACCUGCCACACCACUGCGUCUUGAGGCCGGACAGCACCACUACGAAGCUCCGCGUGGUGUUUGAUGCUUCGUGUCGCACGUCUACCGGAGUUGCUCUGAACGAUGCGCUCAUGGUGGGACCAGUUGUGCAGGACGAUUUACUGGACAUUGCGCUACGCUUUCGACUCCACGCUGUUGCCAUCGUCGCUGACAUCGCCAAGAUGUACCGUAUGAUUCGCGUCCAGCCUGACGACCAGAGACUGCAGAGAAUCGUUUGGAGAGACAAUGCGGACGAACCCAUCCGAAUCUACGAGCUGACAACUGUCACGUACGGAACGGCGUCUGCGCCGUAUUUAGCGACCAAGUGCUUGCAAAAACUCGGUGAGAUCGGAGAAAAGACGCACCCAUCCGCUGCCAAGAUCCUCAAACGAGACUUCUACGUUGACGACAUGCUGGCAGGUGCGCACACGGUCGCAGAAGGAAAAGAGCUAGUCGCCGAAAUGGUCGAUCUGAUGGAAUCUGGCGGAUUCUCGUUGCGAAAGUGGCAUUCAAACUCCCGAGACAUCCUGCUCGACGUCCCGGAACAUCUUCGCGACGAACGGACCCUGCUAGAACUGGACACGUCUGACGCAACCGUCAAGACGCUCGGGCUCGUCUGGGAGCCAAGUACGGACUGUUUCCGUUUCAGAUCGCCAAAGUGGAACGACGUUGCAGUGAUCACGAAGCGUGUCGUGGCCUCAGACAUGGCCAUGAUCUUCGACCCGUACGGGCUGAUCGGUCCUGUCGUCGUCCAAGCAAAAAUCUUCGUGCAGAAGCUGUGGCGCAUGGAACUGGACUGGGACGCCGCUCUGCCAGAAGAUCUGCAGGAGUACUGGCGAGAAUACCGCAGAAAUCUAGCCGGUCUGGACAGCCUGUCAAUACCCCGCUGGAUUGGCACAGGUGCUGAUGACCGGAAUGUGCAGCUUCACGGGUUCUGCGAUGCUUCAGUCAACGCUUACGGUGCGUGCAUCUACAUCCGAACCAUUUCGGCCAACGGCGACGUCACCGUCCGCUUGCUGGCUUCCAAAUCCCGCAUCGCACCGCUCGAGAACCUGAAGAAGAAGAAGCGUAAGCAGUCGAUUCCCCGCCUGGAGCUGGCGUCCGCUCUGCUGCUGGCGCAUCUGUACGAGAAGGUGGCCAACGCCAUCAACUUCCGAGGAAAAGCGUUCUUCUGGACGGAUUCCAUGAUCGUACGCUGCUGGCUUGCGUCACUACCGUCCAGAUGGAACCAGUUCGUGGCCAACCGUGUGUCCGAGAUUCAACACCUGACGGAGAGCGGAUCUUGGGACCAUGUGCCCGGAUUAGAGAACCCAGCUGACAUCAUUUCUCGCGGCAUGACGGCGAUGCAGCUGCAGUACUCAAAGCUCUGGUUCAACGGUCCUGAUUGGCUGAGUCUCGACCACCAGCACUGGCCGCACGCUCAAGUGCCGAACGCAGCAGACUUCGACCACGAAGAACUGGAGGAACACAACGCUGUCGCUGCAGUUGCACAAGACGCCGAGCCCUGCAGACUGUUCACAGCGAAUUCGUCGUACACCGUGACAAUACGGACGACCGCUGUAAUCUGUCGCUUCUGCUUCAACAGCCGUGCGGCGAACAAGCUUUGUCGCAGAGUUGGUCCGUUGACGGCUGAAGAGCUCGAGGUCGCUUUGAAGAAGCUGGUGCGCCUCGCUCAACGAGAAUGCUUCCCGGAAGAGUACGAUGCUCUGUCCAGAGAUCGCGCGAUUCCAAGCAACUCCCGCAUUGCUGCGCUGAACCCAAGAAUCGUCGAUGGAAUCCUGUGCGUCGGCGGCCGGUUGCAGCACGCCGCAGUCUCGGACAACCGAAAGCAUCCGUACAUUCUCGACCAUCGUCAUUCGUUCACGAAGCUUAUCGUCACACACUAUCACGAGACCAUGUUUCACGCUGGACAACAACUGUUGAUCUCUGCUGUGCGUGAGCGGUUCUGGCCGAUCAACAUCCGAAACCUCGUUCGCGACGUGAUCCACAAGUGUGUCGAUUGCUUCCGUGUCAAGCCAAAGGUUCUGGACCAGCUCAUGGCGGAUCUGCCGCCCGAACGAGUCACACCGUGCACACCGUUCGCACGAGUCGGAGUUGACUACUGCGGACCUUUCCAGGUCGCGUACCCGCAGCGCCGAGCUCGCCCAGUGAAGUGUUUCGUUGCCAUCUUCGUCUGCCUGGUCACCAAGGCCGUUCACCUAGAACUAGCUGCAGACCUGACGACGCAGGCAUUUCUGGCGGCCCUCAAACGGUUCACUGCCCGGCGUGGCAAACCGAAGCUGGUCAUGUGCGACAACGCCAAGAACUUCAUCGGCGCAAGACGUGAGCUGAGCGAACUCGCCAAGCUGUUCCUAAGUCAGCAGUUCGAAGAGGAGAUUAUCCGCGAAACAGCGAACGACAACAUCAAGUUCAAGUUCAUUCCCGCUCGCUCGCCGAACUUCGGCGGCCUCUGGGAGUCCGCGGUGAAGAGCUUCAAGUUGCUGUUCAAACGCACGAUCGGGUUGCACACCCUGUUGUAUGACGAGUUCCAGACUGUGCUGGUUCAGAUCGAAGCGAUCCUCAACUCGCGACCGCUCACGCCGCUCAGCAACGACCCCGCAGACUUCGAAGCGCUCACCACAGGACACUUCCUGAUCCAGCGUCCAUUCACUGCGAUUCCAGAACCAAACCUCGACCACAUUCCCGAGAACAGAUUGUCGGCCUGGCAAACCGUCCAGCGGUACACGCAGCAGCUCUGGAAAAAGUGGUCCAACCUCUACCUGUCGGACCUGCACAACCGCACGAAGUGGACAAAGCAAAAAGACAACGUUGCUGUCGGAACCAUGGUCCUGCUAAAGGACGAAAACCUCCCGCCGUUGAAGUGGCAGCUCGGACGCGUUUCCGAUAUCCACCCGGGAGCUGACGGCAAUAUCCGUGUCGUUACGGUGCGCACAAAGGACGGCAGCUAUCAGCGUGCGAUCUCUAAGAUCUGCAUUCUGCCGAUCCGUGAUAACCUUUCUACCGCGCAAGGGGAGAACUAGGACUCCUCCAACGGCGGAGGUCGAAAGGCCUCUGCACACCAAGUCGCCACCCUGUCUGCGCCCAGACCUGCGGGUCGUUCUGCGCUCGGAGGCCGUCAAAAAAAUCGGAACUUCCGAAAUGCCCUGAGGUAACCUGUUUUGUUUCGGUGGUGGUUUGCAUGAAGGAUGUUUGCUUGCGAUUUUGCUGGACAAAUUUUAGCACAGUAACGGUUACGGAUAACAGCGGCGCCCAACGCCAUUCAGUCGCAAAGACUGCUCCCAGUUCUGAACUCAGCUAAUUCUGUUCCACGUUUGGAACUCUUCGAGGUACACACACGCUCACGAUGACAACAGCGGAGGAGACGUCCUCCCGGUCCCAUCUGCGACGACCAGCAGCGAGCUUGGCCAGCUCGUUUCCAAUCGCAGCUCGAUGGAGCCAACCCCCGUCAUCGCAGCAUCUGUACACCCGGAGAACCAUCGUGUCGGUAACCGCUGAGGGUCAACAGCGACGCCAGGAGGCGUCGGGGGAGGCCACGGAGGUCUCCCCCAGUUCAGGCAAGUCGUUUUAGAAUAUAAUUUUUCCGAUUAAAAAGCACCCUCUCAUCUGAUUAGGGAGUCUCGCAUCGCAUCAACGCCGACGCCGGCGUCACCGAUCGCAUCAGAUAGCAGAGCAGCAGAUCACGCACGGAGCCACCCACGCACGGUGGCUUUGCGUUCAGCAGAUCAGCGCACAGAUCAACAGCAGCAAGCAAGCAGACAGACGAACCGACAACCGACGUCGGCGGCACGCCGUCGAACAACAACCGCAGCACAUCGAAGCAUCCACCCUCGCGACAAACAGAAGAUCAAGCGCUCGAGAACAAGCAGCAGCAUUUCAAAUGUACACCAGCAGACGGUAGCAGAUCAAGCACAUCCCAGUUCCAACCCAAGUUCAAGGUCGACCUGUUGUCGAUCGACGCCAUGUUGACGCCACCUGGAAAGAACAUCAAAAAUCAACAUUUUGCAGCACACCACGACACCAUUCAACCGCAGAAGAGUCCCCAGCAGCAGCGCGGCAUCCUGGUUGAUCGCCCGAGGUCCAGUCCGGUCCAGAAAGCAGCAAAUCCGAGGCGAAAUCGGUGCAUUUUGACUGCAGCAAAGUGCACGAUCCAGCCCGUCCAGAAGAAGAAAAAUAUCUGGCUAUUGUUCGAUCGACGGCCGCAGCCGCGAUCGCUAGUAUAUAAGGAGAACAAUGACCAAUCUUGACCUAGGGUAAUAGCAGAAACAGUAGAAGUAGAUAAGAGACGAAGAUAACGGAUAAGAGAUAAGGAACAGAACCAAAACAAAUCAGUGGGAUAGUAGUGGGAAUUGUAGUAGUAGUUGUAAUAACGAGAAGAAUGUUUGAAUCAGAGUGAUUCCAAGGCGGCCGGUAUGAUCGCGCGAGAGAUCAAUUUACAAUUUUACCAGCCUAAAUGUGAUCCACAAAUAAAUGUAAUUUUGUCCCUGUCUGUCCCUGGCCCAUCUCUGACGAGAGCCAGUGGUGAUUCUCGCUCUUUUUGAUCUCUCCCCGGUUCGCAUCCCAUGUACUGUUCCCUUUAGAGUAUAGUCUUAAAUAAACCGUUGACUACGCCAGACAGCUACGCGUUUAAGAAUAAAUUGUGUAGUUUCUGUUCGCGCAAUAAAAGUGUUUUAAUCAG